AUGAGUAAAGAUGAGUUAUGUACAAAAAAAGCCUACAUUUAUUUCUAGAAAAUACCUUUCAACGUGUUAGAUAAUAAGGUGAGUAAUGUACGACAUGGGGGCUGAUUUCGAAUUCCCGAUAAAAGCUACCUAUUGUAGCAACUUCGACUUGGUGGAAAUCGUAUUCCUCUGUGUUGCCUUUACGUUCCUGUUGAUCGUGCUGACACAAGUUGGUCGCAUCAUUUCGUCUGGAUUUAUAGAUCUUACUUAAAAAAAAAUUAUAACAAAAUGUCACGAAGAUUAUCGAAACGAUACUUGACCCCCGCUGAGGAAUAUAAGUGUCCUCUAUCAGCGGAAACUCAGGCGAUAGCUGAGGAGGAAUUAAGAGAGACCGAAAAUUCUAGGUCUCAAGCACUCCAGGCGCUGAGAAGCUGGAUGGAACAGAACCCUAAGUUUUCCGCAAUCAGAAUGGAUGGAAACUUUCUUCUUCGUUAUUUGCGUGCUAAGAAGUUCAGUGUACCAAUGGCCCAAGAGGCGAUUGAACGCUACAUACUUCUCAGACAGUCCUGGGGUAUCGCCUUCAAUCAGCUGGACUACACUUUGCCCGUUAUGACUGAAAUCAUCAACCUAGGGUACAUUUUUGUGAGCCCGUUCAAAGACAAAUUAGGACGUCGCGUUGUAAUUUACAGGCCAGGUGUAUUCGACCCUUACAAAUUCACGAACCAGGAUAUGUGCCGUGUUAUGGCCAUCUGUUACGAGACUUUAAUGGAGGACGAAGAAACCCAGGUACGGGGACUAGUACACUAUGCAGAUGGUUCGGGAGUUAGCUUCCCUCAUAUGACUCUUUUCACUCCGAAGGAAGCCGUAAGGAUUGUGAAGAAUGGCGAGCGUACUAUUCCAUUAAGACACAAGGAGAUAUACGGCGUAAAUGUCCAUCCGACGAUUAAGUUUGCGCUGGAUUUCGGUAUGGGUCUCAUCUCUGAGAAAAUCAGAAAACGUGUGAAGUUAUAUACCGCAAUAGACGAGGUCGAGAUUGAUAAGAAGCUGUUGCCUCAGGAGUACGGCGGUGUCAUGCCGAUGAAGGAAAUGAUUGAGUUGUGGAAAAUAGAGAUGGCUAACAAACGCGAUAUUUUGUUACUAAACGACAAAAUGGCGGUUCGUUUAGAAAUGUACAGUGAAGCGGCGCGUGAGGGCGCCAUCUCUGCUCUACGGAGCGGCGCGAAUACUUGCGCAGGCGCAGACGCAGUUGGUGACGCUAUGCGGGGUCUUACCGGAAACUUUAGAAAACUUGAAGUGGACUGAAUCACUUAAUAUAAAUUAGUUAUUAAUAUAAGUAAGAUUAAUGGUAGAGCGAGGGUAACA